AACAACUGGAAGCCAACGCGCAACGGGGCUUCACGGUUAACGACUCAAAGCGGCAGGAGCGGGCGAGGGAGGGAGAGGGAUCUUCUUCUGCAAAUUAUAGGGUUUUGUUUGGAUUGGUCAGGUCAGUGAGCGCCAGAAAGGAAAGUUGAAAAUCGGAAGCUUUCUAUAAUUCUCUUCGAUUACUGAACAAUUGGUCAGCUGUUUUUUGAAGUAAAAAUUUCCUUUAAAAAAGAAUAAAAAAUUAAAUAUAUGAAGAUGGUCAAUUUGAUUUCGUAUUUGGUGAUGAUUUUGCUUGAGAAAGAGCGUGUGCCUAUUAUUUGCAGGAAGAGGAAGAGGAAGAGACAGGGUGUGUGAGAGAUUUUUUUAAGAGAGGAUCUUUGGGAGAGAGCUUUUGUUUUGAGCGUGUUAAAGAUUUCAACGAUUUUCAUUUCUCAGCUCAAAUUCUUCCAUUUCUCCAUGGACCGUAAGCUCGUGGUUUUAGGAAUCCCGUGGGAGGUGGAUACUGAAGGUUUGAGGGAAUAUAUGAGUAAAUAUGGUGAUUUGGAGGAUUGUAUUGUCAUGAAGGAGCGAUCCACAGGCCGAUCUCGAGGUUUUGGUUAUGUGACAUUUGCAUCGGCUGGUGAUGCUAAGAGCGUGUUAUCCAGAGAGCAUUUUCUUGGGGAGAGAAUGCUGGAAGUUAAAAUAGCUACGCCAAAGGAGGAGAUGAGAGCACCUGCAAAGAAAGUAACCAGGAUAUUUGUGGCCAGAAUUCCACCCUCCGUGGAUGAAUUGACCUUUCGGAGACAUUUUGAGGAGUAUGGUGAGAUAACAGAUUUGUACAUGCCAAAGGAUCAAGUCUCAAAAGCUCACCGUGGAAUUGGCUUUAUCACCUUUGCUAGUCCAGGUUCUGUGGAGAAUCUCAUGGCUGAUACUCAUGAAUUAGGAGGUGUUACCGUCGUUGUUGAUCGAGCAACACCCAAGGAAGAUGAUUUCAAGCCCACAGGCAGAAUGUCACAGGGGAGAUAUGGUGCAUACGAUGCUUACAUUUCUGCUGCAACUAGAUAUGCUGCAGUUGGUGCUCCUACCUUGUAUGACCAUCCUGGCCCAAUGUAUGGAAGAGGGGAGUACAGUCGUGGUAUGGGAAAAAAGAUUUUUGUUGGCAGGCUCCCUCAGGAUGCUACUGUUGAUGAUCUGCGCCGGUAUUUUGGUAGAUGUGGUCAAAUAGUAGAUGUUUAUAUUCCUAAGGACCCCAAGAGAUCUGGCCACAGAGGUUUUGGUUUUGUAACUUUUGCUGAAGGAGGAGUUGCAGACAGAGUAUCUCGUAGGUCUCAUGAGAUUUGUGGACAACAGGUGGCAAUAGAUUCAGCAACUCCUGUUGAUGACGUUGGCCCUAGUUUCAUGAUGAAUCCUUUUGGACCAUUUAGAGGUUUCGGUGGUCCAAUGCGCCCCUUUGGUAGGAUGUAUGGAGGCAUGCAUUUUGACGAUUGGGGUUAUGCCUUUGGGAGUACAAGGCCAUCGAGAGCAGACUGGCGGUACCGGCCCUACUAAGCAGCCAUGGAAUUGCUGUGAAGAUCUUUAUCGAAUAUCAACAUUUGAACAAUCUCGAUUAUUACCUUGAUAUGAUUGUCAGUAAUUCUGAUUACGUCAUGCGAGCCAUACUUUUAACAGUGUGGUACCAACCCUUUCACCUGGAACUUCCUGUCAGUGUUAUGUUGUCAAGUUUCAAUUGUUAAGCAUAUAUGCAAAUGUUUUACUGUUUACCUAUGAAGCUUGUCUCCUUCUGUUUAAUACUCAGAGCACAAUGGGCAUUUCACCAACUUAUGAAACAGUAAAGCAAUAUACAGGACCAACGUAUUCUGGUUAGUGGACAUUGACGACCAUAAAGAUGUUAUUUACUU